CAGGCAAGGGUACUGGAGUGGGGUGCCAUUGCCUUCUCCGUGACGGGGGUUGGUUGACGCCAAAAAAUAGUAUUUUUGGCCUCUGGGAGCAUGCUUAGCUUCACCGAGUCUGAAACAUGUCUCCAAACACUUGGGUGAUCAGCUGCAGAGAGCACUUGGCAGAAAUGCAAUCAUGGUCCCUUUAAACAGGGGGCGAAGCUCACCUGUAUGUGCCACUUCCCAAACUCCCCUCCUGGCCACCUUUGCAAGAAGCCCAGUCCCCGCUCUCUGGGGAAUCUAUGGGGACUACAUUACCCACAAUGUUCAGAGUCGAGCGGCAGCAAUGCUACCCAAUGAGAGCUUAGAAAGAGGAGGCCGCGUAACGUGAGGGAGGAACUUCCUGCUUCCUCCGCUUGGGGGCCAUGUUAGCUGUUCGCGGUUUUGUUUAACCGGUGUGAAAGGUUAGGGAAUUCUGGGCCAAUCCUGAGGUGACGGAAUUGAAGAAGUCCGAGAGAGAGUUUCUGUCCCCGCUGCACAGAGGCGGGUCUCAGGCUCGACGCCGCCGCCGGGGGUGCCCCAUCCCAGGCCUCGGAUCGGGACCGCCGCGCCCGUCUACUCUCUCCUGUCCUGGCCCCGCCCCGCCCCCCAGAGUCCGAUGGCAGCGGCAGCGGCAGCGGCGAAGAACCCGCUUCAGGUCAGUGUGACCUUUGAGGAUGUGGCUGUGUACUUCUCCUGGGAGGAAUGGGGUCUCCUUGAUGAUGCUCAGAGAUGCCUGUACCACAGCGUGAUGCUGGAAAACUUGUCACUUGUAAUCUCCUUGGGUUGUUGGCAUGGAGCAGAGGAUGAAGAGGCAACUUCUGAACAGAACAUUUCUGUACGUGGACUGUCACAGGUCAGGAUUCCCAAAGCAGGCAUGUUCUCCCAGAAGGCCCAUUUUUGUGAGCUAUGUGACCUGGACUUGGGAGACAUUUUGCACUUGACUGAGCAUCAGAAGCAGAAACUGUAUGAUAUUGGGGCAUGGGAGAAACACUUGUAUUUCAGUGUAAAACAUCAGCAUCGCAAGCAGCACAUUGAAGAGAAAUGCCUCAAAAGCAGGAUGGGCAAAGCCUCAUUUAUGAACAACUGCAGAUUUUUUGUGUUGGAGAAGUCAGUUUCCUGUGGGGAGUCCACACACACCAGGGAUAAGUCAAACAGGAGAACUGAGUGUGGAGCAGCCUUUCACAGGGGGAAAACUCGUUACAGCCCUGGAGAAUGCACUGAAGACUUCAGUUGCAGACAUAUACUUUCUCAGCACCAGAGAGUCCCCACUAGAGAAAAAUGCUACACGUGCAGUGAAUGUGGGAAAUCUUUUAGCAAAAGCUACAGCCUCAAUGACCAUUGGCGAGUUCAUACAGGAGAAAAGCCUUAUGAGUGUGGGGAAUGUGGGAAAUCCUUUAGACAGAGCUCUAGCCUCAUUCAGCAUCGGAGAGUUCACACUGGAGCAAGACCUCACGAGUGUGAUGAAUGUGGAAAAUUAUUUAGCAACAAAUCCAACCUCAUUAAACAUCGGAGAAUUCAUACUGGAGAAAGGCCGUAUGAGUGUAGUGAAUGUGGGAAAUCCUUUAGUGAAAGCUCUGCACUCCUUCAACACCGGAGUGUUCACACUGGAGAAAGGCCUUAUGAGUGCAGUGAAUGUGGAAAAUUCUUUACCUACCAUUCCAGUCUCAUAAAACACCAGAGAGUUCACUCUGGAUCAAGGCCCUAUGAGUGCAAUGAAUGUGGAAAAUCCUUUACCCAAAACUCUAGCCUCAUUGAACACCGCAGAGUUCAUAGUGGAGAAAGGCCUUACAAGUGCAGCGAAUGUGGGAAAUCUUUUAGCCAAAGCUCUGCACUUCUGCAGCAUCGGAGAGUUCACACUGGAGAAAGGCCUUAUGAGUGCAGUGAAUGUGGGAAAUUCUUUACUUACAGCUCCAGUCUCUUAAAACACCAGAGAGUUCACACGGGAUCAAGGCCUUAUGAGUGUAGUGAAUGUGGGAAAUCUUUUACUCAAAACUCCAGCCUCAUUAAACACAGGAGAAUUCAUACUGGAGAAAGGCCUUAUGAGUGUAGUGAAUGUGGGAAAUCUUUUAGCCAUAGCUCUAGCCUUAUUAAACACCGAAGAGUUCACACUGUUAAAGGCCUGAUAAGUGCAGUGAGUUUGGGAAAUCGUUUACUCAUAAGUCCAGCUUCAGUGACCACUACAAUGUUUACAUCGGAGAAACGCUUUGUGCGUAUUUGCAUGUGGGAAAUUAAUCUUUAGGCUCCUAAAACAGAAUAAUGUCACGUUGGAUGAACGCCUUGUGAGUAUGGCAGACAUGGGAAAUCAUGUAGCUUAAGUCUAGCUUCAGUAUGCUCCAGAGAAUUCAGUGGAGAAAGGCCUUAUAAGUUCAGCAAAUGUGAGAAAGCCUUCAGCUGAAGAACGUAUCUCACUGGAUACCACAAAUUUCAAAUGGGAUAACUACCUUCAAUGUGCAGGUAUAUAUGAUUUCUUUGUUGAGUGCAACAACACUGGAGGAGAGCCCUUAUGAAGAUGCCAUUUGCCUGUUUUGAACCUCAUUCAUCCAAACAUCCACUUAAUUUCAGGUAUGUGGGAACUGUGUUGCAGUUUUUAACCUGUCCAGAACCCGUGCCAGAUUGAUGUCACUGCCAGUUCUGUAGCAAAAAUCAUAUCACCCCUAACCACCAGGCAGAUUUCUAUUGUGUGCAGCAUUCACCCAGCCUAGUGUGUUCAGGGAAGGAAAGCCCAGUGCUGACCCAUUUGUGGGAUGAUUCAUGAGCAGCUUGAGCACUUAAGUCUUUGCCAGUUUUUUUCCCUCCGUGAGUUAAGACAUGGACCUUACCCAGUUUUGGCCUAAAGGACUCUGCUGGUGAUUUGAAAAGAUGGGCUACACUUUUCAAGGAUAUUAUUGGUUUCAUUAGACUCUAGUGAUGGGAUUUUCCAGCCUCCAAGACAUCAAACCGGGGAAGUCAGCCUUCCCUUGCUCUUGUUUGUAGAAUAGUAAAGGUCUUACUGUUUAAGCCACCAUUUAUCUUAGCAGUUCCUUCACUGUAUGGGGUGGUUUGUUGUUAAUUGGGUUUGCUAGCCUAAAGAAAUGAAAUGCUCUGGUGAGGAUCCCAAAUUGUGUGCCUCAGUGGAGACGGUAUGAUGGCAGAAUAUGCCUCUCCAAUUGUGGCCUAGGUUGUAUUGCUGCUCAAAGCCUUCAACAAAAAAUUGUAGGGCUUUUGGUCCUAAUUUAUAAAUUGUAUGCCAUGCUAUUUUUCAGGUUCAGAGUUCAAACUGAGGAAGGGGCUGUUUCUGAUUGCUGUGACUACUCUCAGUGCUUCUGAGAGCAACAUAAAUUUGUUCUCUUGUUCACAGGCGAUACUGCAUCUUGCUCAGCACUGUUGAAGGAAAUCUGUUCCCCAAGUUCUGCAGUGGAGCCCUGUGCCUUGAUGUCCUGAAUUCUGUAGAGUAACAUCACUGAUUUUAAGAUUAUAGAAACACUGGAUUAGUGAAGGAGACUGCAGCAUACUGAUUAGAAUGUGCGUCUUUCAAAAGGUCACUCAAAAUGUUUAGUCACUAUGGCUUUGGGGGAUAAGCAGGUAUGGAAAUUCUCAGGACUUCCGAAAUCUUUUAUCUGUAUAACUUAGGGCCUUGUCAAGGAAAAUAAUAUAAAGGUUUUGUGGAUUCCUCUGGCCUUUCUGGGCUGUUCACCUAAGGCCAUUGUUGUGCCUUAGAACAAGGAUAGAGAGGAGAGAGCUCCUUAGUCAGCUCUGUGAGAUUUGUGACCCAUCCAGUAUCCAUGUUGAAUGAAGUUUCCACUUCAAAAAUUGCUCACAAAAAUUGCUCACCUGUUUUUGCUGCCACUGAGGCAAGUACUGAACUUGUCCGUUGAGUCAGUAUGGUUGCCAAACCUGAUGUUCUAAAUGAGGAAAUCCUGUCUCUAUUUAAACUAUACAAUUUGGUGAUUUUUUACAUUUAUGUAAGUCCAUGAAACCAUCAAACAAUCAUGAUAGUUUCUGUCACCCCAUACUUACCUUGAAUCUCUUUGUCCUCCAAGCAGCCAUUAAUUUGCUUUUCAUUAUAACAGAUUAGUUUGUAUUUUCUAGAAUUUUAUAUAAUUGAAAUCAUGAAGUGUUUAGUCUUUUUUUUUUCCUUUGGGUACCCUUAUAUGACAUGUUUAUUUUGCAAUUCAUCAGUGGUGCUUAUAUGAGUAGUUCUUUUAUAUUAUUGAGAAUUAUGUUCUAUCACUGUACCACAAUUUAUUUAUUCAUCUGUUUAUGGAUAUUAUUUCUAGUUUUGGCUGUUACAAAUAAAAGCCAUAUAGAAAUUGGAUAUAGUU